CUCUUCCACCCACCGCCGCCUCCGCUGCCGCCUCCCGGCCGAGUCAAUACUCCUCCCGCUUCGAGAUCUACUGGUUCCAUUUCUCGAUCACAUCCACCGCCCUCCCCCCCUCUGCUUUAAUUCUAGGGUUUUGGCCGCUCCCAUGGAUGAAGAGGCCCCCGAUGUCCCCCGCAACCGGAUCGCCGCGGAAGGACCUGGAGGAUAUGAUGGGAGCCGCGUCAGAGAGUGGGAGAUCGGGCUCCCGACUGAUGAGGAGCUCUUUCCCCUCAAUAAGCUCCUAGUCUCGCCGGCGCUGGCUACCGCUUUCCGUAUCAGCCCCGAACCCCGCCGCACCGCAAUCGACGUCGACCGAGCCGUACAUAAAACUCUAACUGACCUCCGAAGCACCUUAACCUCCCCUGUGUCCGCCUCUACACUCCGAUCCUUCCUCCCCUUCCAGUCCCCUGUUCAAAACGAUGACUACGGCGAGGCAGAAGAAGAAGAAGAAGAAGAAGAAGAAGAAGAAGAAGUAGAACAAAUAGAAGAAGAAGAAGACGACGAGGAAGAAGGAAGCGAGGCUACGAUGCCUUUCGAGGGCGAUGGCGUGGAAAAUCCCCAGCGCAAGAGUCGACGAGUCGAGGUCUCCGAGGAGGCCGAGUUGUCGGCCCUGCGGGCAGAGAACUCGAACGACGAGCAGUCGGCGAGGAGCCAGAAGAGGCCACGGUUGGUGUGGACGCCGCAGCUCCACAAGCGGUUCGUUGACGUCGUCACGCACCUCGGCAUCAAGAACGCCGUCCCGAAGACCAUCAUGCAGCUGAUGAACGUGGAGGGCUUGACGAGGGAGAACGUCGCGAGCCACCUCCAAAAGUACCGCCUUUAUCUGAAGAGAAAGGAGGGGCUCUCCAGCGAGGGGCCUUCCUCCUCCGAUCGUCUCUUUGCCUCUACGCCCAUGCCGCAGAACUUCCGAGAGCACCACCACCAACUGCCGCCGCCGCCGCCGCCAACUGUGCCCGUGCCCUACGCCGUGCCCACCAUGCUUCCUAUGCCCAUCUACGGCGUGCCCCAUGGAAACCCUAUGGUUAUGAUGCCCUACGUUAAUAACCACCAGGUAGGGGGGGGCUUCCACGGAUUCGAAGCUCCCCAUCAUUUCGGAGCUAUUGGGGAGCGGCCGACGGAUCGGAAUUGAUGGAACCAAUUCCAAAUAGAUCUGUCAUCCAUGCAACAGCAUCUGCAAUUAUUUGAAAAUCAUUCUGAUGCUAAAGAGGAGGAUCCUCUCUGUGGGGACGGAGUGAACCAUGACAGAUGCGACCUUACACACUUCAUUUGGAAUAAAAGUACUGAUGCCCACUUAUCAAAAGAAGUUGAAGAAGAGACUAAUAUAAUUGUGGGCUAUGAUAGUCAAACUUAAUGCGAUGUUAG